ACGGGUUGAAGUGAGGUGGAGAAAUCAUCAUUUAGGUAGCUCGCUGCUAGCUGCCCAUAGCCGACUUCCGAGGUGUUAUGAGCUCAGUAGCCGACAUCAGUAGAUUGUUUUAGUUUUGAUAGGUGCAACGAUGACCCUCUAACACCAAGAAUGGACAUAAGUUAACAAUGACGGGGGAGAAAAAGAAGAAAAAGCGGCUGAACCGCAGCAUUCUUCUUGCAAAGAAAAUUAUAAUAAAAGAUGGAGGAAGUCCUCAGGGAAUCGGUGAGCCCAGUGUUUACCAUGCAGUGGUGGUCAUCUUCUUGGAGUUUUUUGCAUGGGGUCUUCUCACCACCCCAAUGCUCACGGUAUUACACCAGACAUUCCCCCAACACACAUUCCUGAUGAAUGGACUUAUCCAUGGUGUCAAGGGUCUAUUAUCAUUUCUGAGUGCUCCGCUGAUUGGAGCGUUGUCAGAUGUAUGGGGACGCAAAUCCUUCCUGCUGCUAACAGUCUUCUUCACGUGUGCACCCAUUCCACUGAUGAAGAUCAGCCCAUGGUGGUACUUUGCCGUUAUCUCCAUGUCCGGCGUCUUUGCCGUCACCUUCUCUGUGAUCUUUGCCUAUGUGGCGGAUAUCACGCAGGAGCAUGAGAGGAGCACAGCAUACGGUUUGGUAUCCGCUACCUUUGCAGCCAGCCUGGUUACCAGCCCGGCCAUCGGAGCCUACUUAUCUGUGACCUACGGUGACACCUUGGUGGUGAUCCUGGCCACAGCCAUCGCCCUGCUGGACAUCUGCUUCAUCCUGGUGGCCGUACCAGAGUCGCUGCCAGAGAAGAUGAGGCCAGCAUCAUGGGGAGCACCCAUCUCCUGGGAACAGGCAGACCCCUUCUCUUCUCUGCGUAAGGUGGGCCAGGACUCCACGGUGCUCCUCAUCUGUAUCACAGUGUUUCUCUCCUACCUCCCCGAGGCUGGCCAGUACUCCAGCUUCUUCCUCUAUCUCAGACAGAUCAUCGGCUUCUCUUCAGAGACCGUGGCUGCCUUUAUCGCUGUUGUGGGGAUCCUCUCAAUAAUAGCCCAGACGGUGGUGUUGGGGAUCCUGAUGCGGUCCAUAGGGAAUAAGAACACAAUCCUGCUCGGCCUCGGCUUCCAGAUCCUUCAGCUGGCGUGGUACGGCUUUGGGUCUCAGCCCUGGAUGAUGUGGGCUGCUGGUGCGCUUGCAGCCAUGUCCAGCAUCACUUUCCCCGCCAUCAGCGCCAUCGUGUCCCGUAAUGCAGACCCCGACCAACAAGGUGUUGUCCAGGGGAUGAUUACUGGAAUCCGAGGCCUCUGUAAUGGUUUGGGCCCUGCUCUGUAUGGUUUUGUCUUCUACUUGUUCCACGUGGAGCUAACAGACACAGACGGCUCGGAGAAAGGUGCCAAACCCAACAUGGCCAACCCCACUGAUGAGAGUGCCAUCAUCCCAGGUCCUCCCUUCCUGUUUGGUGCAUGCUCAGUGCUGCUGUCUCUGCUGGUGGCAUUGUUUAUCCCGGAGCACACAGGGCCCGGCGCAAGGCCCGGUGCCUAUAAGAAGCACAGCAAUGGGGCACAGAGUCACUCCCACAGCCCUCAGGGCAGCGGGGCCGAGGGCAAGGAGCCGCUGCUCGAGGACAGCAGUGUAUAACCACAGCUAAGGGGGGCAGACGGCGCUCCAACCCAACACCCCUGCACACACGGACAGAAAUACACAUUUUACCACAUGGACACACUCUCACCUCAGGCACACAUCAGACUUGAGUGCCAUGAAGAGGUGUUUGUGUUCACGGCACAAAAGUGGGCACUCCUUCUUUAGCCACCCCUUCUUUUUUUUCUUUUUUUUUUUAAGCAGGGUAUUGUGAGGACUCUCUAAAGACCCUGUAUGAAGAGAGUGUGUUUAGUAUUCUUUUGGGCUGCCGUGGAAAGGUGUGUGUGUGUGUGCGUGUGUCUUGCUGAGCUGGACUGUAAUCCUUGGUUUCUAUAAAGCGCUAACAGAGGGAAGCAUACAACAGCUUGUCCCCUCCUGGUGCAAAACAGAACCGGAGUGAUUUGGUUUAGAUUGUGAGUGGGGUGGAUAUCAAAUGUUACUAAAUACCUGUGUGAUUCUUCAUAUUAUUCUGUAGCCAGUUGAGUGGCAACUUUGUCUGUUUGUGUAACAAACAGUCAGGUCAGCACUUGUCUACUGGUCUUUCCCAAGCUAAAUUCUGUUCCGAUGCUUGUCUUUUCAAAUACCGCUCUGUUAAAGCGUCCGAGAAGGGAACACAGUUCUUCCUCUGAAUGCACAGCAGCAACUGUACACCAAUGAGGGGGGGUCUCUGAUAACCGGUGUUGGGAGAGGAAUCUGCCUAAUCUAUGUCAAGAUGGGUCAACCAGUUCAGAUAUAAAAAGCUUCGUAAGACCACACUUUGUUUAAACAUCACACUUCUGACAGAGAGGCGUGGGAGAGAGACCACUUUAUUAGACAAAGCUGUUUUUCAGUGUUUGCUUGCCAUUUUCUAGAUUAGUAGUACAGUUUGGGUUGUAUAUUUUUCUCUGUUCGAACUGAAGGAUAGUUUUUUAGUCAAACAAAUGUUGCCUCGAAGUGACUUAGAAUAUAUAUUAAUUAAUAUAUAUAUAUAUUAAUUACUUAAUUACCUAACCUGUAUGAAGACCGAGGUCUGAAAAGGCUCUAGUCGUGUGCUAUCGCUCCCAUCGGAGCAGUUACAAACUUUUUACUCCUUUUUGGUUACAUGCCCUUUUUGUUUCUUUGUUUCCGGACAUUUAUCACCGUCAGGGUUAAGGCUUACAGUACCAUGGUUUUAUUUUACAAGCCUCUGGACCAUUUGGAGCUAAAGCGUUGCCAUCAGCACGUCAGUGUUUUCACGGAGUCUUUAAAUUAAUAUCAUUAGGUUAAAAAGAAUAUCACUCGUGCUGCUGCGGUAGAUAAUUCAAAGGUUAAGUGUGAUGUGGCGGAUAUACAUUUCUACAGUGGUAAUAUGAACAAUGAAACGGUUUCACAGAACCCCCGACAUUUAAGCUUCCGUACAGGCGGUUAUCAGGCACUGCAAAUUUCUCAAACCAUAACAAGCAAAUGGUAGAGAUUUUGUUGUGAAGCACCUCAAGGAGCUGGCUUCGAACUCACAGACUGACAUUUAACAGCCUUCAGAUUCUCUUCAAAAGGAAGCCUAUUGGUCAUUGACAGACCAGUGCUGUCCACACUUACCUGCGCCACCUAGAGGAAACAGCUUGCUGCAACAGUAGUCUAGACUUUUAGAGGGAGAAAAAUGUUUGUCGCCCCCUACAGGCAAGGAAGCUAACAUGCUCCAAUUUUGGCAAACGUUACAGCUGCGAAUUUCUCUUCUAAAAGAAUGAUGUGUGAUGAGUGCAUUUAAGGUUUUACAUUUAUCUACAAACACAUGUUCCCUGGGAUAGAGUAAAAAUAUAGCAUUAAAUUAUAGGCGUUCAAGAAUCAGUUGGUUCAUAAAAACAUAACAGUGCUCGCAUCCUCAACACCCAAUACCAAUUACCAAGAUAAACACCCAUUAGAUAAAACUACACUUAUUUUUGAAAACUUCCACACAAAAAGCAUACAAACAAACCAGGAGGACAGAGGUUACGUGAUGACUUUGAUAGAAUCAUGAAUGUCCCAAAAUUCAUUGGGAAGUAUGGUCCUGUCAACACAUUCAAUAUAAUGUAGAAAAUGUAAAACUCUUUCUUGCCGAUAGGUGGCACUGUGCCUGGUUUUCAGUGAUACUGUGUUCCCUUUGUUCACAUACUGUGCUCCUUACUGGUAAAUUAUUCUAAAGUCCCUCAAGUGCAUUUAAUUAGCCAAAAACAACUUUAUGUGGAUUAGUAGCUUACAGAAGAUAACCUCUAUCUGAAGAGAAAUGUACAUCAUAUAUUUUGUGCCAAUCUUUGUUUGGGUUUCAUACUGUGUGUGUGUGUGUGUGUGUGUGUGUGCUUAUUUACUUGAGUGAUUUGAAUAUUUUUUUUGUUUUCUCUUGUCUUAAUUUACUUGGCUGAAUUGUUUUUUUUAAUUUAAUUUUUUAUAGCUUUUUUAAAACUUCACCCAGUAAUUUUUAGGAAUCUUUUCAACAUUAUCGUAAAUUAUCGACUGUCCAUCUAUCUGUCCUUUCAAUCACAAUCAUCAUUUAAUAAGCAUUUCACUGUGGUUAGUUAUAUUUGAUAUUUUCCUCCGUUUUGUCAGUAAAUAAUAACAAAAGUCACCGAAUGUUCAAAGCCAAGCUGUACAUGUUGACUCGUCAUAGUUUUUUUUAUCAUUUCAGAAGGGGUGUUACUAGACAGAAGGCCAUUGGUGUUGAUUUAAUUUCUGAAUAUCAUACUUUUUCUUAUUUCAUUUCAAAUGUAUUGGACCAACACAUUGGUAAACCAUGAAUUCAGAUCCUACUAAAUUUGUUAAGGUUCUGCAACAGCCCCAUGUGCAGCUUUCAAGCAGACGACUGUAAAUGUCCUAAAAUUACUUGUACGUACAGCAAGUGUAUAUAUUUAUUAUUGCUCAAGGAGACCUACACAUCUUGGUCUAUUUGGUUGUAUAGUGCAAUUAUUAUGAUAUAUUUCUCAAGAGUUACCUGCUGGCCACUCCUGUUUAGUACAAUGUGGUUUGUGCCCCCUCUCUCUCUCUCUCUCUCUCUCUCUCUCUCUCUCUCUCUCUCUGUGCCUAAAAUUAGCCAAGAAAUGAGUAUGGCAACAUAAGUAAAUGGUGGUUAUUAUGUAAAUAUGGGAAACUAAUGACAAACUAUUUAUUAAAGGUUUAUUGUACAAUGAAAUGUUUGAAUUUA